CACUAGUUCUGUAUUCGUGUCCUCUGGUCUCUCGCAGGCCAAACAAAAGCGCUGCCGCCGCCGGCAAUGUUCCGCCGCCUCCUCCCCCACCGUCGCUACAUCUCCACCUCGCCCGCCUCCAACUCCACCCCGACCCUCUACUCUGACGGAACCAUCCCAUUCUCUAUCCUCUCGUGGGGCCGUGGCGCUUCCGGACAGCUCGGCGGUGGCAAGGAGGAGCGCCGCCUCUACCCAUCCCCCGUCGCCCACCUACUUCUCCCCGAAUCAGACCCACGCCUUGCUCCCACCCCCGGACGCCUUCCCUCUGCAGAGGAUACGUCUGGAGUGGAGGUUGGGAUCUCUUGUGGGCUCUUCCACUCCUCGCUCCUCGUCGAAGGAGGCGCCUGGGUGUGGGGCAAGGGCGACGGAGGCCGCCUCGGCCUCGGUGACGAGUCUUCCGCCUUCGUGCCCCACUCUAACCCCAAUCUCCGCGAUCUCCGCCUCCUUGCGCUUGGCGGCAUCCACUCCGCCGCGCUGACCACUUCCGGUGACGUCUUCACCUGGGGUUAUGGUGGAUUUGGAGCUCUGGGUCACCAUGUAUACCAUAGGGAGCUUUUGCCAAGGCAAGUGAAUGGCCCUUGGGAAGGGAAGAUAACACACAUUUCUACUAGUGGAGCGCAUACUGCAGCAAUCACUGACUCAGGUGAACUUUACACUUGGGGUCGUGAUGAAGGUGAUGGUAGGCUGGGGCUUGGGAGUGGAGGUGGUCCAGGUGAAGCUGGCUCCCUCAGCGUUCCUUCCAAGGUGAAUGCACUGCCUGUUCCAGUUGCUGCUGUAGCUUGUGGUGGCUUCUUCACAAUGGCUCUUACUUCAGAUGGACAGUUAUGGAGUUGGGGAGCAAAUUCAAACUUCGAACUGGGUAGAGGAAGCAAUUUCAGUGAUUGGAGGCCACAGCUUGUCCCUAGUCUGAAAAGCACCCGUGUAAUCCAAGUAGCAUGUGGUGGAUAUCAUUCUUUAGCUUUGACUGAUGAAGGCAAAGUUCUCUCUUGGGGGCAUGGUGGGCAUGGUCAACUUGGGCAUCCCACCCUUCAAAAUCAUAGAGUCCCACUUGCCAUCAAAGCUUUAUCAGAUGAGCGAAUUGUCCAUAUAGCCUGUGGAGGAUCAACCUCUGCUGCUAUAUCAGAGAAAGGUGACUUGUACAUGUGGGGAAAUGCAAGAGACUGCCAGCUAGGCAUCCCUGGUCUGCCAGAAGUUCAGCCACUCCCAGUCAAGGUGAUUUUCCUCAGAGACGAUGAUGAAGGGUUGGGCCCUUCUCGUGUCAUCUCCGUUGCAAUAGGAGCCUCCCAUGCCAUGUGCUUGGUCUCCACGCAACAAACCGAGAAGUAGGGCAGUCUGGGUUUCUGCUUUGUGAAGGCACUUAUGUUUCGGUAUUCAUACGUCUGAGUCAGUUCGAAGCGGACCCUGUUCUCUUUUGAUUUGAUCCAGCUGUUCCUGUUGGUGGAAACUGGAAUCCCUGCUCGGUUAAGCUGAACACAUCUGGAAGAAAGAAUAAAAAAACUGCCACACGCUGAUAGAAAGCAGGAAAGGCCCCCUGUGGCUGGCUCCGGGUAGGCAUAGCUGUAGUAGAUUCGAAUCCUUGAAUUUCAUCUGUGGAAGUUCUUAUGAGUGUAGACAUUGUUCUUGCUUUUUCUGUAGCACUGUAAUACGAGGGACGAAACUGCGAGAAGCGCGGAUGUAAGACAUGCGCCCUUGUGCGUUCUCACCAAAGAUUUGUAGAUUCUGUC